GCACAGCUGCGUCGUGAGUCACGAGCACCAUUUUGAACGCUAACGACGCGCGUUUUCUUAUUACUAACCAAAAUUUAUUGUUUUGUGCCUUAAUUGUUUGUUAUUGUUGUGCGUUAAAUGGAUAAAAGUGCUAGGAACCAUAGCGGUAACAGUCAGAGAGAUCAAAACUCCUUGGGCAUACUUAGCAUGGAGAACCUCAGAGUUUUCGGGGACAUGUCCGGCAUGAGUAAGAGCGGCAGUGCAAAUACGAGCAGGGAAUCAUUGAAUAUCCAGGAGCGACUCAGGGCGGGAAGACUUAAGGCAUUGGAGACGCUGGAAAAACCACGGCCACGCUCCACCAGCAAUCGUGUUAGCGUUGCGUCUAGUCGCGGCGAAAACAGCACAAACAUAUCCGAUCUGAUCACUGAGGAAACCAUUGACCUCAACUCCAGUGGCUCCGUUUUGAUGGCGACUCCUGCACCCGCGGGCACAAACAUAUUCUUUGAGCCGGCCGAGAUUACGGGCCGCUCAACGUUAUGCAAAAGCGGUAAGAAUGAAUCGUCCAGAAAGAGCAGCGUUAUCUCUGUGGCGGACAUUCUGAAGUCCUCCUUUGUGGAGAGGGCCCGUGUGCAAUUUGCCAAGCGGCUGGAGCACAUGCCUGCCACUGAAUUCACAAGCAGCAGCAGCCUCAGCGAUUCGUUUAGUUGCUCGCGCAGUUUGCCGCGCACUGCGGACCUGAGUAACGCGAGCCUUAAUGGCGGCUCGGGGAUUUCGUUCGGCUCCGCCACUGGUCAGGGCUUUGACGAGAGUUUUGCUCCAGCUGAAAUGAUGCAGUCCCAACUUGUGAUGGGCGAGAUAUCGUGGGCGCAAGAAUUUGCAGCCGUGCCAGCGGCAACGCUUAGUAAACAGGCAUUGCAAAAGAUUUCCGCGCCGCCACAAACGCCAGAAAUUGAGACCUCUGUGUCCAACUCGGUUAUUGCCGGAGACCCCAACUUUUCGCUGGGCAACUACUUUCAGAUGCGUUCGGAGAACUUAUCAUUCAUUGUGGGCAGAGCGAGUCGCGACAAGAUGCAACCAGGCGAGGCUCUGGUCGACCAGCACAACACAACGGUAAGCAGUGCAGGCGAGAAAACGCCACAAAUCGAUAACAAAACAUAUACAAAGAUCGAAAGCGCCAAGAUGGAGCGCAAUCUGAUGAAGAAGAUGCAACAGGACAAGUUCAACAAGGCACUGCAGGCAGAAACAAAGAAGCAGCCAACUAGCUCGGAGCUGCUCAGCUUGUCAGCCAUCGAUGAAGCCUUGCGCAACCUGGACAUGAAUUCGGACACCUCCGUUGGCGAUGUUGUCAAUAGAUUGCGGGCCCGUGGCUAUGGGUAUGAUCCCGACGACGAAGACAAGGAGAAUGAGCAUAGCGACGACACGCUGUGCAAAUCCAAGUCCCGUUCCAAGCUCACGGACACAAUGAGCUUUACAGAUUCGCUUUUGAAUUCGACUGACUUUCAGCAGCUGCAGAAUAGCAUGGCGUCAACAAAAAAGCGCCAGCCGCUGAGUCCACUGGCAGACUUCAUGCCAAGCCAGCCCAAUAUACUGGUGACGGCUAGCGAUGAUCUUGAUCAUGAUCACGAUGCCGACAUAGAUGAAUGGCCCUCGACACCGGUGAAGUCCCCUGGACGUCAUAUGCGCCGCACCAAAUCUCCGCAUUCCCAACGAAACGUCAGUCCAACGAGCAGUGAUGGCGUGCAGCCACUGCCCACCACCGAUGAGGAUGGGGAUGCAGACGAGGAUAAGACGCCGGUUAACAAGAAACGCAAUCUAACUCUGCCCGCUAUAAGCAAUCAAAACUCGUUCUGUUCCACGCGUCUGGAUGGCUGCGAUGCGGUGCCAUCGUCCAGCGAAUGUGACUUUGGCAUAUCACCAAAUUUGGGCCAAAGCGUUUCUGCCGCCAAUUUGCGUCAUGUGUCGCCGUUAUCGUCGCCGCGCAGCUGUCUGUCCUCGCCGCUGCUGGACAGCACAACAAAUUCGGAGCGUCGUCUUCUGCUUAUCGGCUCCGGUGCAGUACGCAGAGCCAACACCUCGCCAGCUCCCAGCGAGGCCAGCUCCACAAGUGGUUUCAAUGCAUUACGCAAGGUUGGCAAUGGCACCCAAAUAAACGCAGCGCCACGCAGCACUUCGCGUUGCUCCAACUCCAGCGAGUUCAGUCAUCGCGAUGGAAAACUACUGCCCCUGAAGGUGACCCAUACGAGCCUAUGCUGGGGUAGCACCAAACUGCGCACAGAUGUACGCAAGUCCAUGCAGAUCAAGAACACGUCCGACAAGCGUCUGGUGGUGCGACUGUGCAUACAGGGACCAGGCUUUCAGCUGGUCAGCGGCGAUGGAAACUCCAUUACCUUACAGUCCAUGGAAUGCCGUAGCAUAGGCAUCACCUUCUGCCCGACGGUUAGCGGCGCAGCCAUUGGUGCGCUCUCGUUCUAUGCGCCCUUUGGCGCCAACAAUUGCCAGCAGCCGGGAAUGGAAAUACCGUUGUACGGUUACGGUGGUAACGCCUCCAUUACUAUACAGGGACUACUUAAGGGACCGGUCGGCGCCAGCUUCCUUACCGUCGGCAAUGUAUGCGAGCUGGCCUCGGGCCCGCUGACUGCCAGCUUCAAGUUCUACAAUAAGGGACCGCUGACAGCCUUUGCGGGCAUCACAAUUGAUUCGACGGUGUUUUUGAAGCCGCGCCUUAAUGCCGCCUUCGAGGUGCGUCCCAGCAAGAUUAUUCUGCCGCCGCACAGUGAAGCUGUGGUGGAAAUUGUCUUUCGACCCAAUCGCGAGGACAUCAAGAACAUACUGAAGAAGACGUCGCAGGUACAGACACUGGCAAAUAUGCGAAUCUUUUGCGGCGAUGAACCCAACCGCCAGCGCAUGCGUGCCCUAGUGCAGCGCAUGACUGGCGAGCAGCGGGAGCAGCUGACCUCAUCCAUGCUAGACAACAUCUUGUGCCGUUUUCCGGGUGAGCAAUCCAUUCGCAGCUUGGCCAUGCUGAACGAGCCGGCUGAGUUUAUACUCGAUCUGGUGACGGUGGUCCGCAUUAUUGAUGUGGCUCUGACCCUGAAUCGCGACUUUGACGAAUCUGCUGAAACUUCGCAUCUGUGUUUGCCAGACGCCGAGGAGACGGUGCUAUUUCGUACUGUGUGCGCCGCUAAUUCGCCGACGCCCAGCAAUAUGCUGGAGCCCGUUGAUGAGCUACAUGAGGCAGAUACUACUUCGGCCAUUGAGCAGCAGCCGCUGGAUCGCAACUGGUCAGUGGAGCCGGAGGCCAUUGAGCUUGAUUUGUCCAGCGGUGGGAAUGCCAUAGACGGAGUCAAGCUUUUCAUUAGGAACAGCUUCAGCUCACGGCAAUAUAUUGAGUUGAACUGUAAUGUGGCAAAUUUGCUGCACAUUACACCCAGCGAAUGUUAUGUGGCACCCGAUGGUGGUCAGGUGGAGGUCCUGGUGCGGCCACUGCGCACACCAAGCCGUGAAAUACUUAAAAAUCAAAUGCAGCUCCUCGUCGAGGUGUCCAUGGAAAAUGAACGUAUUAAUGUGCCCGUUACUUUUAAAGUUUGAAUUUAUAUUUACCGUUUUGUGAGAUUAA